CAAAGACUCAUUCUUCUUUCCCCUGUUUCUCUCUCAGAACACGAAGCUCUGUUAUGGCCGCCGAAGUUAGUUCUCUGCGUCAAGUGCUUAGCGGCUACAAGGAUGAACUUAACACCAUGAAUGAAUCUAGUGCCGCAAAAUCAUCCGCUCUGAUUACUCGGGACCUGCUCGGAAGUGGUGGUGGUGGUGGUGGUGGUCACGGCGCAUCCUCCAUUAACGUGAUGAAGAAUGAAUCUCAAGAACUGGACCUCGAUCUUCAAGUGCCAAGCGGCUGGGAAAAGCGUCUGGAUUUGAAGUCAGGGAAGGUUUACUUGCAAAGAUGCAAUUCUCAAAAUUCAGUGUCAUCGGCGUCAUCCUCCGACGGGAAGCUUCCGAUCAAUCAAACAGUGCCGCCGAAGUUUCAAGAUUUGAAUUUCCCGCCAUCACCCAAAAAACCGUUACUAAAUCUCUUUGAUGAAUCCAGCUUGGAGUUGAAAUUGGUCUCCUCCUCCUCCUCAUCUCCCUCCGGUGCCAAUUAUCAAAGCGUUUGUACACUUGAUAAGGUGAAAUCGGCGCUGGAGAGGGCGGAGAAGGAGCCGGUUGUUAAGAAACGAUCGACCUCCUUGUGGUGGUCGUCGAUGUCGUCGCCUUCUUAUUCAUCAUCGUCUUCUUCGAUCAAGGAUGCAACAGAGGAUGAUAGUGAAGAGAAGUUGUUUUCAUCCCCAAUGGCAGUAGGCUGCCCCGGUUGUUUAUCUUAUGUGUUGAUAAUGAAAAAUGACCCAAAGUGUCCUAGAUGUAAUUCGGUUGUACCGGUACCGGCCAUGAAAAAGCCUCGGAUUGAUCUCAAUAUAUCAAUUUGAGACGAAAUGGUGUGUAAGCUUGUGUUUAUGAUCGUUAAUUUUGUAAAGCAAUAGAUCAGGUAGUGGUUGGAAGGAUAGAGAUGUUAGGCAAAUUUGAUCAUAUUUAAUUUAAAUAGACAUGAUAGAUUAAA